GUGGAGGUCGCUAAUGAUGCACAAGAUCUGAGCAAGGCCAUCCUCGCAGGCGGUUCGAGCUAUCCAUCACAGCUCCCGUACCAAUGUCUGGUAUUGUGACAGAUAGCGGGCCUGGGAUUCCUGAGGGUUGGCGCCGAAGGGUAUGCAAGCGGGGGAACAGUAAUCAUGUGGACGUGUACUUUUACACGCCCGGUGGUGUCCUCAUUCGGUCGAAGAAGCACUUGAAAGAAUACCUUGAGAAGCAUCAAAGUGGACUGAGUUCCGACGAUUUUGACUGGACUGGGCAGCAUGGGCUUCCGGUUUCCCCGGAACGCUACCUUCUGCACGCUUUCGCGCAAAAGAUGUCUGCUAGAAAGACGUCUGCGGAGAAGAAACCUCGUGAAAGAAACGGCAAGAGAGGGCGUCCACGGAAAAGUGUGGUGGGAGCGGCACCGGUUGCAGAGGGUGGUCAGUCCGCGGGUGAUGCUCAGAGAAAAGAUGGCAUAUUGGGAUCAAUGGGUUAUGAGGGUGGCAGUGAAGAAAGAGUACAGGUGGGCGAAGAAGGAGAGCUCGUGGACUUGCGAGAAGGGGAGCCAGAGCCAGAAAGGGUUAAGACGGAGCAGGAUGAGACGGGGAGUACAAACUUGAACACACUCAAUGUGCAGUUGCAGUCUUUGGAGAAUGGAAGGAAAGCUGGGUUGGUUGCGUCGAUACCGGCGGAAGGAGCAGUGGAAGCUCCGACUCCUGGCAUUCUGGACGGUGGCAAUGCGCGGAAUACAGAACAUGAGAAACAACCGAAGGCGAGGGGUAGAGGUAGACCGAGGAAGAUUAAGGUGGGUAAGGAGGAGGAUGGUGGGAGGAGAAACACGGUGGUCCUGAAAAAUGUGGACGGGGUUGUAGGAACAGAAAAAGUUGUUGAAAACCGAAACUGGGAGAACGAUGCCGUAACAAGGGGUAGCGAAGAAGGGACGCCAGCAGUGAAGGGGAAUGAGGAGGGAGAAAAAACGUUGUUCACCACAGGAAAUGCUGCGAACGAUGGCGGUUGUAGCGUUCCUGAGCCUAUGCAGUCUAUGGGGACAGCAAGAUCCAUCAGGAGUGGAGAUGCAUCUGAAAUUUCGAUGGCGCUGAACGAGAAAGUGUGUGACUACCAGUCUGCAGGACAGACGGGCAGGAAUAAACGACCGAGGUACGAUGAGAAAGUGGAUAGCAGGGCAAGGAAAAUAAGCAAGCACGACGCGGACCGAGGUACUCCGAAGCAGAGUCAAAUCAGUGAGAAUGCAAAAAGUGGUGAUGAUGAUCAAUUGGCAAUGGUGGUGCUGAGGCCAGGGUUUGGAGGCAACAAAGCAGGAGAGGUGAGUGAGGGAGAAGACGAAGGCUUCCGCAUCCAGGACGUAAUCAAACUUUGUCAUCCCUCUUCUGCAAAGAAGGGGACGACCGCAAAGGAUGGUUUUCCGAACGGGGGCGAGAUGGGAGAGAAGGCAAAGGGGGAAAGGGAUGGGGAGGACGAUGUCGAUGUGGGCCCGAACAUUGCGCCGCCGGAAGUCAAUGGGAUCCCGGCGUCCAGCACCCAGGAGGAGGAAAAGCCUGCGAAGGCGCUUUGUCUGGCGGACGACGAAGGCCAUCGGCAGACCCUUGCCGCCCUCCACCUAUCGUCAAUGCCAUCUGAGAUUCUCUGUCGAGAUCGCGAGAGAAGGGAGGUGCUGGAAAUGUGCAAGCAAGCUGUGCAGCAGCAGAAAGCAACUGCCAUGUAUAUUUGUGGCUGUCCAGGGACAGGGAAAACCUUAACAAUGGAGGAGUUGAAGAAGAAUGUGCCGCAGUGGGCGCUGCAGGCGGCUGUCGCUCCUCCCACUGUCGUUAUGAUGAACUGUAUGUGUGCGGUGGAGCCAAAACAGAUCUUUCAGCGGGUUUUGUCAUUUUUGUUGACAGGCAAGACGAACGCAACAAGUUCCGCCGUGUCCAUAGCACCCAAAAACGCACUUACGGAACUGACCAAAAUCGUUGCAACUCCCAGAAAAGGCAAUAGGGAGCAGGAUGGGAUGGUUCUCCUCAUUCUUGAUGAAAUCGAUCACCUUAUGACAAAAGACCAAGCUGUCCUUUACGAACUCUUCCGUCUAACGACCUUGCCGGAGUCCAGGUGCAUUCUCGUGGGAAUCGCCAACUCUAUCGACAUGACCCAACGGCUACUGCCUCACCUUCGAGCGUUCAGUUGUAUCCCCUCUGUUGUCACUUUCCCUGCAUAUAACCAAAGCCAGAUCUGUGCAAUUCUCAAUCAACGGCUCAAGCGGCUUUCUUUUCAAGCGUUUCAUCCUCUUGCAAUUGAGCUGUGUGCCAGGAAGGUUGCAGCUGCGUUUGGCGAUAUGCGAAAGGCGCUUGAUGUGUGCAGAUUGGCUGUGGAUGCUUUCCUAUCAGAGGUAAAGGCAACCAGAGGAAGCGACUAUGAUCUCACGAACGCUGAGGAGGAGGACGAGAGGCUAGGAAGGACGAAAAUAGCGGGAAAAACUGGCACUGCGGAGAGUGAAGUGGACAAGCCGCCCGCUGUCGUCGUAAUGAGACACAUGGUGAAAGCGCUCGCAAAGAGCUUUCACUUGCCUCUAGUGGAGACUCUGCAGGCCCUUCCACAACACCAACAGAUGAUUCUGUGCUCGGCGGUGCGUCUCUUUCGAGGGCGGAAAAAAGAUGCAACACUCGGAGAACUCAACAAAGCUUACAUAGAACAGUGUAAAAGUGCAUCCAUCAGCGCACUGACAUCAGCCGAGUUCACCUGCAUGUGCACUGUUCUCGCUGACCAGGCUAUCCUCAACAUUGGACCAGGGAGGGAGGAGAGGCUCAGAAGGGUGACGCUCCGCGUUCAGGAGGAGGAUGUACGCUUCGCUCUUGAAGGGGUGCGUUUCUUCCGAUCCAUCCUGAGCGAGGACGAUUCCAAAGAAGUUUUGUCAGAUCGAUAAAGAAAUAAAGACCUGGGUUGCACGAGACUUCCUGCCAAAGGUUCGUCUGUCCCACGGACCUUUUUCGUCAAUAGUCCUCCUUCCGCUUUCCUCUUCCCAUCCUUCUUCUUUUUUUUUCCCCAUCUUUUCCCAAUCUCUCCCUCUUUGUCUCCCUUUUCUGAUGAGGUGCAACUUUUUACGGAAGCAUUGGAGCGGCAAGCGGCAGCUUCCACUCUUUCAGACUUUUACCUCCUCCCUCCUCAGCUCUAGUUUGUCCCGGGUCCCGGUGUAAGGUGUCGGGUAGCUGUACCAAAACAUCCUGCAGUUCCAGCGCGUGCAAUGUGAGCACCUCGGAAGAAAAUCUGUAUGCUAUAUGUAACACGUUCUUGAACUUUUUGUCCCUACGUCAUGUUUUAGCUUGUAUGAUCCGCUGCACAUCGAAUUCAACAAUAGUCUGUUUUGUGAUCUUGAGUUGUGCAAGGUUUGUUCUUGUGCGUGUGUGUGUGUGUGUGUGUGUGUGUGUGUGUGUGUGUGCACGUCGUGGCAUGCACUCUCUGCCAGGCAGGGCUCCAGUGUGAAGAAGACAGGCAUACCGAAAGACUCUCUCGUGGGAGGUGCUACCUCUUAUGACGAUAUGGGAACUACAUUGACACGGUGCGUGCCCAAAACGUCUCGUGCGCUUCUGCAGCAGCAGCUGCUGAAUUCAGGAAAAUGUACCGUUAUGGGAUAAGCUGAAAGCAGCUUUCUUAGACAGGAGGAGGACUCACUCUCCUGCAUUAGGGCAUCCCGCCACACCACUCCCCAAAUGUGAAAAAGACAAUUCCUGUGGCGGGUGUGCCUUUCUAUGCGUUGGUUUUGUAGAAGAUACAUGCUCCAUUUUGCACAUUCCGGUGGUGUGGCGAGGGCCUUACUCAGAAGCUGGCCGUGAUCACAUCGUUCUUACAUUGGGCUAGGAGGUACACUUCGAGGCGAGGAACAGAAGCUGUGUUCUUUCUUGCUCACCCAGAAGAUGGACGGUCGAUGGAGGAGGGAAGGGCUUUCCUGAUUAGUAACUCGAUCUCUGCCUCAAGGAGUUUCUUUGCCAAGUAUGCGCCCUUGCCACACCGGUCCCGUGUUCCAAUUUGUUUUCCCGAAUGUGAAACACCUUGCCACACUUUAGCGACACUGCUGAGUCGU